GACUGGCCGUUGUUAGUCUGUACCUACUCCUCAGGGCAGUUACACGACAGUAUCUUUACUGCAGUAUCUUUUGCAGGAGUACUCAGUUCCGUUCAGUACCUGUAAUUGUUAUGGCUCUACCGACGUACACUUUAAAGGAUAUUGCCUACAAUAAUGGUGUCGAUAAACCCACUGUCUGGAUUAUUAUUAGCAAUCAAGUUUACGAUGUCACAAAAUUUAUUGAUGAGCAUCCUGGCGGGAGGGAAUUAAUUAUGGAACAUGCUGGAAGUGACGCUACCAAGGAUUUUAAAAGUGCCGGUCAUUCAGGAAGUGCUUAUAAGGAUCUGAAGAAGUAUUUGAUUGGUGAAUUGGCAGAGGAAGAUAGAAUCGAACCCAACGGUGCUGCGAAAGUUGUCGUGGAUACAUCUGAGCCUAUACCGAGGAAAGGAAUAUUUUGCUGCUGUUGAUAUUUUUAUGCCUAACAAUACUCUUAUGUUAAUUUUAUUAAUUUAUGGAUUUAAUUUAUAGAAAUCUUAUUAAUAUUCACCAUAUUUUGUUUAGUUUGUAUUUAUUACUGUACUCAUUCUGGAAAUAAUUCAAAAUAUUAUCCAAUAACAACCCUAUCCCAAUUGUCUAAUCAAAACACAUGUACUUCAGACCCUUCCACUUCUUCAGAAACCCAGAUUCCAUCCCCUUUCCGUCCCAGCUUUACAUCCGUUGAACGAGCAUCUUCAUGUUGUAUUGCUGCAAACAUGAGAGAUUUUAUGAGGUUGAUAGAUUUUCCAAGCGUUCUCGGCAAAAAAAA